GAGAGAGAAAAGAGGGAAGAAGUGGGAUGGAAACUGAUAUUUAAGGGCUUGCAUCCUCCAAUGAUGAUGCACUCCAUUGAAGAAAGUUAGAGAGAGAGAGUGUACAGUGGGUUCGGGUUUUUAUUUUGAAGCUUCUCUCUCUAGGGUGGGGACUUUCUCUCUCUAAAAGUUCGAAGCUUGCCUUGCUUCACACGUGAUCCAGCGAUGAAGAGCCUGAAAAAGGGCGCGGUCUUAAACCACAGGCUCCCUCUCUCUGUCUCUCUCUAAACCCCAUCAUCUCCUCCACUAUAAAUAGCUCAGGGGAGUUUUGCAGUGGGUGGUUCUUGUUAUGCAGUGAGAGAGAGAGAGAGAGAGAGAGAGAUAGAGAUAGAGAUAGAUGGGGGAAGAAGGGGGUGUCUUAAUGGUGAGAGAGUUCGACGCAGAAAGGGACUGUGAAGCGGUGGAGAGGGUAGAGCGAGAAUGUGAGGUAGGGCCAAGUGGAAAGAUGUCUCUGUAUACUGACCUGAUGGGCGACCCCAUUUGCCGAGUCCGCCAUUCCCCUGCUUAUCUCAUGCUCGUGGCGGAGUUAGGGGAGGAGAGAGAAAUAGUGGGGGUGAUAAGGGGUUGCAUAAAGACGGUUACAUGCGGUAAAAAGCUGCCCAGAAGCGCCAGAAACGCCACCGACGAUCCGACAACGACGAAAGCAGCCGUUCCCGUCUAUACAAAAGCCGCCUACAUUCUCGGCCUCCGUGUCUCUCUGCCGCACAGGCGUAUGGGUAUCGGCCUAAGACUCGUCCGCCGCCUCGAGUCGUGGUUCGCAUCUAUGGGCGCCGAGUACGCGUACAUGGCCACCGACUCGGACAACUCCCCCUCCCUCUCGCUCUUCACCCGUCGCCUCUCCUACCAGAACUUCCGCACCCCGUCAAUCCUCGUCCACCCUGUCCACCCUCACCACGACCUUUCCCUCUCUAAAAACGUCCAAAUCCUCUCUCUCCCCCCCCUCGAGGCCGAGUCCCUCUACCGCCGCCUCCUCUCCACGACCGAGUUCUUCCCUCGUGACAUAGACUCGGUUCUUCAGAACAAGCUCAAUCUUGGCACCUUUCUCGCUCUACCGAGUGACACCAACUUCGCGAACAUGGAGUCCUUUCUCUCUCUACCACCUGAGUCGUGGGCCGUGCUCAGCGUAUGGAACAGCAAAGACGUUUUCAGGCUCCAAGUUCGUGGCGCUUCGAAGCUGAAGAAAAUGUGUGCGAAAAUGAGUCGGGUUUUUGACAGGCUUUUUCCGUGGCUCAUGAUACCUUCGGUUCCUGAGGUGUUCAGGCCCUUUGGGCUCUACUUUUUGUACGGGCUUGGUGGUGAGGGGACUGCGAAAGUGAGGCUGAUUCGGGCCCUCUGUAAGAUGGCCCAUAACAUGGCUAGGAAGGGUGGGUGCGGUGUGGUCGCGACGGAGGUGGGUGUGCUCGAGCCUCUUCGAGCCGGGGUUCCUCACUGGGCUCGCUUCUCGUGCGAAGAGGACUUGUGGUGUGUGAAGAGGCUGGGUGAGGAUUACAGCGACGGGAGUGUUGGGGAUUGGACCAAGUCCGCGCCAGGGGCCUCUAUCUUCGUGGACCCUCGGGAUUUCUAGUGAGAGAGAGAGAACCCACUUCACUCGGGUCGGUCACUCUCUCUCUUACUUUAUGUACGGCGUUAAAAAAUCCAACUGGGAUUUCUCUCUAUAUAUAUGCUUCGGGCUUUUCUAGUGAGAGAAGACCCGAAACCAUGCAACUUUUGGGGCUUCUCUCCCUUUGUUGUGUAGUUGAGAGGAGAGAGGUCUUAUGUUUGUUAGUUUGUUACUUUGGGAUUUUAAGUGUGGAUGGAUGAUGAAAAAGAGGAAGGGAGGGAGGAGAGAGAAAGACGAGCUCUCCCUUUUUUGGGGCAAUGUAAUUUUGUUUUCUCUUGAAUUUCUUUUUGGGUGUGGUGUCCGGUUUCCAUUCUGUUGUAACGUUUGCAGAAUCGAGCCGGAUGGAACUCAUGUUUUGUUUGUAGCCUUUUUGUGAAUGGUACUUGUUA